AUGGAGCCGGCCCUUUCCUCCCUGAAAACACUCUCGGCAUCAGAUAAACAACUAUUCUCGAGAGCAGGUAUAUCCAAACCUUCAGAAAUCUGGCUUCAAACGCCCCAUGAAUUGGCAAAAAAACUACGAGUAGGGGUCGAUGAAGUCCAGAAAGCCAUUCGUACAUUGUGCCUGGAGAUCGCCCCCAAACCUACGGUCGUGAACAAGAAAUUGUUCCAUGAAUCUUACUGCUUCACAACCGGAGAUGCAUUAUUGGACGAAAAGUUGGGUGGUGGAAUACACGUGGGUUCUAUUACAGAAAUAAGUGGCGAAUCAGGAUCCGGAAAAACUCAGAUUGCACUUCAAAUUGCUUUAAUGGCCCAGCUUGACAUGGAGGACAAUGGUUUGAACUCGGGAGUCGCCUAUUUCUCGACGACUACCUCGCUUCCCGUCGUUCGGUUAUCUGAGCUGGCACGGACGCAUCCAAAAUGUCGGGAAUAUAACCGGCAGUCUUUGACCGAUAAUGUCCACCAUUGCCCCGUCCCAACAGUUCCGGCUGUACUCAGCGGACUUACAACCGCUCUGGACCAGCUGUUUCUGCGGGUGGAAGAUUCGAGCGGUGCACUAAAGCCUAUUAAGCUCGUUAUUCUAGACUCUAUAGGCUCCAUCUUCCAUUCCGUGGAUCGUACAACUACCACAACUCUAGUUGAACGAUCCAGAGCUGUUAAUGAAAUCUCUCAGAGGCUUCAUCAUGUAGCCUCUACGAAACAAGUCGCAGUUGUAGUCAUCAAUCAGGUGUCUGACGUAUUUAACACCCCAGGGGACGCCGCCGACUCGGAUGAUUUUGAGCUUCUUUACAAGAGUCAAUCAGAAUGGUUCAGUCGAUCUCCUUUCGUAUCAGGGCAUAUCAAACAGGAAGCAACUCUGGGACUUAUUUUCGCUAAUCAAAUCAAUACACGUAUAAUGCUGGCCCGCACGAGACGCCGAAUUCGUUCUUCCGAGGACGAAGAACGCAGAGUAACCAAGAAACGAAAAAUACAACAACCAAAUAACAGGUUGUUUGCCAUUAUGGAGGGCAUCUUAUCAGAAGAGGAGGAGCAUACUAGCGAUUCUGGGACAAUGAUCCGCACGCUUUCUAUUCUCUUCAGUAAUAGCUGCAGCCCUUGCUCCUUGGACUUUGUAAUCAAGAGACAAGGACUAGAGGCCUUGCAAGUCAAGACUAUGACCACCAGAUCUAAUAUCUAUCCAGUUUCAAAACCACCUCCUCCCUUGCCUCCGGUGCAAGAAUCUGGUCCAUCUAAAAUUCCAUCUACACAAGGGUUUAUAUCUGCUCGAUUAACCCAGAUUAACGAAACCGACAAUAUUGAGGGUGAGAAGGAGAAUACUAAAAGGCAGGAAGGUGGAGACCUAGACGAGGACUUUGGCACUUUUGACGAAGAAGCCUGGGCCAACCAUACACUCGACGCCACUUCUUCUGACGAACACUGGGAUAUUCCAGAAUCGGAAGGUCAAUCUCCUGCUCCAUUGGAGGAUGCAGUCGACCCAGAGGCCGAGGAGUUGGUGGAAAUGGUAAACAUCUUGGACUACUCAAUGUCAAGCCCUGAGACUCAAAGGCCGUCAGUCCUGGCUGAAGUAAGACCUAGUAUACAGUCUGAUUUGGACAAUGCAUUUUCAGCAGGAGAGGAAUCGGACGGGGAGCAGUUCGAUCUAAAAUCAUCAACAGCGGCAUUCCGGGAGCGAUUGGCUCAGCAAGAAAAGGACUUUGAGUCGGCAUCUCAAGAAGAGUAUGAGAUAGACAUCACCACGCCAAAUUGGAGUGCGCAUAGCGCUGUACGGAGGAAUGCAGACGUCGAGGCGGAGGAAGAAGACAGACGCCACAGCCAGCCUGUCUCACCGUUUGCGGUUGCAGAGAAUGAAAUAACCAUCUCAAUAUCACCCUCAUCAAGGCCGCAUACAGCCCCAUUGAACGGCACCAUGCGUCGGGAUAGUCCUGACGAUGAACCGACUUUACCUUCCCUGGAGGCCGGUGCCGACGAGAACGCCCCGAAUACACCUGUACAAACCUUUGAAGAAGUUUCUUUAGAGGAAGGUGCUGCCACACCGGCAUCUGCUCGCUCAGCUGUCUCACAGGAGACGAGGUCACCGCGUCCACCAUCCGUACAAGGCCGUCGCAAUUCCACUGGAGACAUUUCUGCCCAAAAGUCACCAAACUGGCCUCCACCAGAGGCAUUGGCUGCCUCUUCCCCUGCUUUCCAAGCACGGUUCAAAGCCUCCAAGCAUACCGGACAGAGCACCUUGCAGAAAGUGAUAAGCAAAACGAGACCGGUUUAUCUACCUCCCAAGUCCCGUGAGGAAGACAUCAAACAUCAAAAAGUGUGGGAAAAGAUGAUGAAGCAGAGUCGAGAAGCUGAGGAGAAACGAGCCGAAGAACUUCAGCAACGGAGACGAGAGAGAGAAAAUGCCGUGGAGGCGUCUAUUCCUAGAUGGCAAAAGGAGGUCUUACCCGACUGGAAAGUCGCCAUGAAAGACCCGUCCUUACGACAUAUGUGGUGGCAAGGAAUACCGACAAAAAUGCGCAGUCAAUUAUGGGAGAAAGCCAUCGGAAACUCGUUGCAGAUGAGCAAAGAGUCGUACAGGACAUGUCUCGGAAGAGCCAAGCGCGCUAUUCAGAGAGGGACUUUCCCGGAAGACGCCAUUACUAGUAUGGAAGAAGACAUGGACACCACGUUACCAUCCUUACAUUUAUUUCAUCGGGAGACUGGGGCCAUGCGCGAAGAUUUAAGGGAUUUGAUGCUAGCAUGGACUGUCGCACGAUCGGAUGAAGGCCUCGGAUAUCACCAUAUAUCUCCUGCCGAAUACCUUUCCGACUGGCUUAUUCCGAUAUUCAUUGACCAUCUACCAUUUGAGACAUGCGCUCGGUUAUGGGACAUUCUCGUCCUAGAGGGUGACUCGUUCCUAUUCCGAACAGCGCUGGCUAUAUUUGGAGUGUUGGAAUCUAGACUUUUCUUUCCUGAUCGGUUAGAGCUCAUUCAAGUACUAAGAGGAGAGAGUAGGGCUGCCGUACACAUCGCAAUGCGGACCGCAGCCGUGUCUGAGAUUGUGGACCUAGGCGCUAGGUACGAGGUUUAUGGGUUAAACGAAGAAUCGUUGUGGGAUAGGAUAGAAUCAUCUGAAGAGUGGUGGAAAGAGUCGACUUGGCUCAGGUUGAUUCAGAGAGAACUGCCGGAUAUGUGA